AUGACUUUAGAUAAUUUAAUUAAUAAAGCAACAGAUCCAACUUUAACUUCAGAUAAUUGGCAAUAUAUAUUAGAUGUAUGUGAUAAAAUAUCUUCAGAUCCUGAAUUGCAAACUAAAUCUGCUAUUUCUAUUUUAAAAGAUAAAUUAUCAACCAGGGAUGCAAAUGUUAUAUUAAGAUCAUUAUCUUUACUUAUUGCUAUUGCUGAAAACUGUGGUUCAAGAAUGAAACAGGAAAUUGCUUCUAAAUCCUUUUUACAAGAUUCAUUAAUCAAAAAACUUGAUGAUAAAAAAUUACAUAUAACUGUUAAAUACAAAAUUAUUGAAGUUUUACAACAAUUAUAUCAUAGUUUCCAAAAUGAUCCAUCUUUAAAACCAAUGACUGAUGCUUAUAAUAAAGCUAAACUGGAAUAUCCACAAUAUUUUAAACAAAUACAAGGCCCUUCAAAACCAGCAAAACAAGAAAGAACUCAACAAGAUAAAAAUAAAGAAGAUGAAGAAUUACAAAGAGUUUUAAAAUUAUCAUUACAAGAAUAUGAAAGAGAACAAAAUAUUAAAAAAGACCAUUUAAAUAAACCAUUACCUGAAACUACAGAAGAAGAAGAAGAAAAGGAAGAAGAAGAACAAACUGUUGCUACUGUUUCCAAAGUUCGUGCUUUAUAUGAUUUAAUAUCUUAUGAACAAGAUGAAUUAAGUUUCCGUAAAGGUGACGUAAUAACAGUUAUUGAAUCAGUUUAUAGAGACUGGUGGAGAGGUUCAUUACCAGAUGGUAAAAUUGGUAUAUUCCCAUUAAAUUAUGUUACGCCAAUCAUAAAUAAAUCACCUCAAGAAUUAACAAAAGAAUUAAAUCAAGAAGAUCAUUUAUUAAAUGUUGAACAAAAGAAAGUUGAUAAGUUAUUACAUUUAUUAAAUCAACCAAAUCCAAAUGAAGAUGAAAUAACUCAUUUAUAUAAUGAGAUUAUACCAUUAAGAAUUCAAUUGGGUUAUUAUAUUGAUAAAUAUAAUGUUAGAAAAGAGGAAUUAGGAGUGUUAAAUAAUCAAAUAACCAAUGAAAUAAAGGCAUAUAAUGAACUAUUAGAUAAACUGAUAUCAAAUAGAACAACAAAGACUACUGCUGUAUCAACAACACCUUACCCACAACAACCAUUUCCCAAUUAUUCAGACGCAACUGGUAGCAACAGAUUUUAA